UUUUCCCUUAGUAAAAAUGGCCGCAGAGGCUCCCGGCCCCCUCGGAAGCGGAGUGCGCGUUUUCAUAAGCAUGGCCAGAGAAGACAGGAAAAAGCGUAGAGUUCGUGAGCAUUGACUGGCUGAGGCAAGAAGCGUUCUGGACGCUGACUGGUUCCGCCGUUCGCGGGAAGGAGUUUGUGGCACCAGCGGGAAGUGGAUUUAACACUGCGGCCGCAGCAGGGUUCUGAGGAGUUCGACGAACCCACCAGACUGGCGUCUUCUGGACUUCUUUCCUGAGGGAGUCGGGACCAAGAUGUGGUUUAGUGGAUCUGAGAGCUACAGCAGCUCCUCCUUUGGCGGAGCGAGCAGCUACACGCAGUCCCCCGGGGGCUUUGGAUCGCCGACGCCUUCGCAGGUUGAAAAGAAAUCAAGGGCCCGAGCCCAGCACAUUGUACCCUGUACCAUAUCUCAGCUGCUUUCUGCCACUCUAGUUGAUGAAAUGUUCAAAAUUGGGAAUGUUGAGAUUUCACAGGUCACUAUUGUGGGUAUAAUCAGACAUGCAGAAAAGGCCCCAACCAACAUUGUGUACAAAAUAGAUGACAUGACAGCUGCGCCCAUGGAUGUUCGCCAGUGGGUUGACACAGAUGAUGCCAGCAGUGAAAACACAGUGGUUCCUCCAGAGACAUACGUGAAAGUAGCUGGCCAUCUGAGAUCUUUUCAGAACAAAAAAAGCCUUGUAGCCUUUAAGAUCAUGCCUCUGGAGGAUAUGAAUGAGUUCACCACACAUAUUCUGGAAGUUGUCAAUGCACACAUGAUCCUGAGCAAAUCUAACAGCCAGCCCCCAGCAGGGAGAGCAUCUAUCAGCAAUCCAGGAAUGGGUGAAACAGGGAACUUUGGUGGGAAUAGCUCCAUGCCAGCAAAUGGCCUCACUGUGGCCCAAAACCAGGUGCUGAAUUUGAUUAAGGCUUGUCCAAGACCUGAAGGAUUAAACUUUCAUGAUCUCAAGAACCAGCUCCAACACAUGACUGUAGCCUCAAUAAAGCAAGCUGUGGAUUUUCUUAGCAACGAGGGACACAUUUAUUCCACUGUGGAUGAUGAUCAUUUUAAAUCCACAGAUGCAGACUAACUGGAUCUAAUUGAGUACCCAAGGCAUUUUCCAGCUGGACCUGUUUUCCUAAACUGUUGUCUCCAACUAUGCAUCUGUUUGGCCAAUGGAUUUCUAGGGAGUAGGUUUCAUCUAGAAAGGGUCUCAUUUAACAUCCUUUUGAAACUUA